AUGGGGUUUUGCCAGCUGCCCGCCUGCCUUCUUCUGCCGGAGCCUCUUCGUCUUCCUCUGCGCCCACCGCUCACUUUUGCAAUUCGUCAGGUGAGAGAGCCUGUUGUUAAUAAAGCAGCCCCUUUUUUUCCUUUUCUUUUCCUUUCUUUUCUUCCCCCCUUUUGAUUCCCCCUGGAAGGGAGAGAGGAGGGGAGGGAAGGGGAGGCGCCACGGCCGGCCAUCGCCGCCGUCGCCGAAGAAGAAGAAGAAGAAGAAGCCAUUUCCCAGCCCCGCAUCCUCCUCAGGAGCCCAGGAAGGAGCAGAAUUCAGAGAGGGAGGGAGGGAGAAAUAAAUAAAUAAAUAAAUAAACAAGCAGAGAGAGAAAUAGGAAUAUCUUUCCCUCCCCUCAGGCUCCCGGGGAGGGCGAAGGAGAAGGGCGGGCUCCCUCGGCUGGGUGAGUGGGCGACGGAUCGAUAUCUCUUGAUCGAUAUCGGGGGGAAAGAGGAGGAGGAGGUGCGGGUCCCCGUCAGCGAAGGCCGCUCCCUCCCCUCCUCAGAGGAGACCUAUGUUGCGCGCUCUCCUCCCUCCGCUUUCCCGGGGCCAAAAUGGCGGCGGCGGCCCUGAGGAGAAAAAGGCGCGAAGAAGGGAAGGGAGGAGGAGCGGCGGCGGCGGCGGCUCCUCCACAGGCUCCCUUCUUCGCCUUCCUGUCAGGUUUCCCGCCUUUGGGGCUCCUUCUCCCUUCUCGGCCCCCUCCCCACCCGGCUAAGCAUGAAAGGCUUUUGCCGUAAUAAUAAACGUGUGGUUUUUUUUAACUGGCCACGGGACUCGCUGUGUGGUUGUAUUUUCGCCUUCUCUCGGCCUCUGCUCCGCCCGAAAAGCGGCUGGUUUGGGGUUUUUCCCGGCGGGGAGAGGGAGGGAGGCGCUUGUUGCUGCUGCUGCCAGCCAGGGUCUGGCUCUUGCUUAGCCUUCCUUGCCUCGGUGUGUUGCUGCCAGCCAGGGUCGGGCUCCUUGCUUUGCUUCUGUAUGUGGCUCCUGGGUGGUCGCUGCCGGCCAGGGUUUCACUCUUGUUCAGCCCUUGCUUUGCCAUGCAACUCCUGGGCUGCUGCUGCUGCUGCCAGCCAGAGUCUGCCUCAGGUGCAGCCCCUUUGCCUUUAUUUGGUAUGUGGCUCCUAGGUGGUUGCCAGCCAGGGACUGGCUCUGUCUCAGCUCCUGCCUUUGCUGUGCAGCUGCUGCGGCUGCAAGCCAGUGUCCAGCUGUUUCUCAACCCCUUGUUUUUGCUUUUGUAUGUGGCUCUUGGGCUGCUGCUGCCAGCCAGGGUCAGACUCUUGCUCAGUCCCUUUGCCUUUGCUUUGUGGCUUCUGGGCUGCUGCCAGCCAGGGUCAGGCUCCUGCUCAGCCUCUUGCCUUUGCUAUGCAGCUCCUGGGCUGUUGCUGCUGCCAGCCAGGGUCAGGCUCUUGCUCAAUCCAUUUGCCUCACUUUGCUGUGUGGCUCCUUGGCUGCUGCCAGCCAGGGUCAGGCUCUUGCUCAGCCUCUUGCCUUUGCUAUGCAGCUCCUGGGUUGUUGCUGCUGCCAACCUGGGUCGGGCUCUUGCUCAGCCCCUUUGCCUUGCUUUGGCAUGAGGCUCCUGGCCUUCCUAUGACAGCUUGACCCUUUCACUAUAGAAACCAUCAAAAGGUAGAGUUGUGGGUGUGUAUUGUGCCUAUUCUGUGUUUGUUAGUUCCUCUGCAGUUGCCAAGUGAUGGUGGGUGAGGGAGAACGGAUCUUGUUAAUUGCUCUGCUUUAUAACUUGUUUUCUUCUUUUUUUAAGGCUACGGAUUCUCUUUAAAGGGUUGUUUCGUCCAGCCAGCAAGCCUGCAGUUCUUUUCAGCCUCUGA